AUGGACACACACAGCCCCAUACCGACGACCGCAACCUCGCAUCCCGACGACCCAAUUCCCUGUGAGCCACGCAACGUCCCUGAGCUCACCCUGAAGCCCUCGAGCCCGCAACAACACAUCGAGCACACGUCGCCGCAGUCGCUCGGCGAGUCCAUGAUAUGGAGCAACACCAGCAGCGACGACUCCGAGGCGCCAUUGACGCCCAACACUGAGCCGGAGCGCCAGAUGGACGAGAUCGUCGACAAGUUGCAGGAGUUGCCCGCCGCGACCGUCAAUUUCAACGAACAGCCGCGCCCUCGCCGCGCCUCCACCACCCUCAUCUCAGAGAACCCCUCCGAUAUUCGGAGAAUACUAGGCGAUGGCGAGACUGCCACCCAGCUCAUCAGCCAAUGUUGUGGAGGCGGGUGCUGCUUGCUCAAGACAUUGGCACCCGAUACCGCGUCACCCAACUUCCUGCCCGUCGUCAUACCGGACAACAAGGCCUUCAGAAGCUUGAAUCUGAAAUUGGGACCCCUGGCACUCGACAGCGAGCUCACAGAUACGACGCCGCUGCCUCCGGUCAACAUGUCUUUUGAUAAGCUGCCCACGGCAGAGACCAAGCAUGUUUCCAGAGUCCACAAAGAACCUCCCACAUACAUGAAGCCGCACCCGCCCUACGACGUGUACUCGGCGCCUCUCUACCACGCCCGCGAAUUGACCAAGCCUGGUGCCGAGAAGAGAACCUUCCACUUCGACAUCGACGUCACAGAUUACCCGGAUGAGGGCGGUGUCGAGUUUAAGGUCGGAGGGGCCAUUGGUGUCUGCCCGCCAAACUCGCAGGAUAUCGUCGAUGAACUUUUUGACGUGCUCUGCAUUCCAAAAUUUGCUCGCGACAAGCCAGUCACUCUCAAGACGUAUACUGGUCGCUGGCCUACCAUCUGGGGAGAUGAGAAAGCACGCGAGCUUGUCACCACGCGUCGAGAGCUACUCACCUGGUGUGUAGACUUGCAAUCGUUCCCUCCCACCAAGCACCUGCUCCGGCUCAUGGCCGAACAUGCUGAUGCGCCAAACGAGAAGAAGAUCCUGAUGUACCUGAGUUCGGCACAGGGACAGGCCGCCUUCUGCGAUCUCCGCACGACAUCUCACCUCACCAUUGCUCAGCUUCUCAGCGCCUUCCCAUCUUCCAAGCCUCCUCUACCCGCGUUGCUCUCAAACCUCAAUCAGCUCAUGCCACGUUUCUACUCGCUUUCGAACGACCCUCACGUUUCCGCCGCUCGUCCCGGCCUACCAGGAAACCGCCGCCUUAUCGAGGUGGCCGUCACUAUCCACGAAUCCCCCGACUGGCACGCUGAAAAUGGUACUCGGACGGGUGUGGGCAGUGGCUUCAUGGAACGCCUAGCUCUUCAGUUCAUCAAGGCAGAGAAAGAGGGAAUCGACCCAGGCGUUCUUGAUCUCCGCGUACCCAUGUUCCGUGGACUCAUGUCCAACCCGCUCUCACGCCAGUUUGGUGGAGACGGCCCAAUGGUGCUCAUUGGUGCUGGUGUGGGCAUGGCUCCCUUCCGUGGAUUCAUCCUCAACAGAUUGAAGAAUGCCAACUGCGCAAACAAAAUUUGGCUCAUUCAAGGCGUCCGCGACUCCAUGGUAGACGAGCUUUACUCUGGCGAACUCGGCGACCACGAGCGCGAAAUCAAGAAGGUUGUCCAGAGCCGCAAGGUCAAGGUCGGGGCAAGCGACGCCAAGUACGUCCAAGACGAGGUGCGUCUUCAGGCCGACAUUGUCUGGUUUGUUGUCAACGCCCUCGACGGUCGUAUCUUUGUAUGCGGAAGCAGCAAGGGUAUGGGCGAGGGUGUGGAGCAGGCUCUCGUGGAUGUGGCCAUGCAAAAGGGUAAUCUCAGUGAAGCCGAGGCUCAUGAGUUCUGGAACAAGAAGAAGGAAGACGGUCAAUACAUCGCGGAAACUUGGUAA